AUGGCUACCAAGGCUCAAGCUUGUACAUUGUAAUGGUGAGGAGGGAUUGAUGAGAAUGAGAGGGCUUGGACAUUAGCCUAAACAGUCCCGUGGUUUUCUCCCUUUUUGGGUUUCCACGUAAAAAUCAUUGUUUAUAUUUUAUUAUCACCACAUAGCCAUGAAACCCUCCCGGAAGGGGUGUUGUACUUCCGGGCUGCGGCGAAUUAACCUCAACACUGGCGCCGUCUGUGGGAAUCAUGUUCAAAAAGAUUCAUGUGUUCUUAAUUUUCUACGGAAGAUGCACACAAAGGGAACUGUUUUUGGUUUUUUACAAAAGGAUUCAUGGGAUUCAUACGAAAGGAAAAUGGCCUGGGGAAUUUUCUAGGAUUACAGUAGAAGGGAUGAGGGGAAAUAUCCCCUUUCCGGUGAAAACCAUACACCAUAAGCCGUCCCUGAGGACCCGGCCAGUUAGUUCCCCCACCUCUGGCCAUCUGGGUGGUCACCGGGAAAUUUGCAAGAAGAAGAAGCAGCUCCUGCAAUGGCCAUCUGGGUGGUCACCGGGAAAUUUGCAAGAAGAAGCAGCUCCUGCAAAAUUUGCAGAGGAUGAGAGGCAGUUGGAGGAUGUGGUUGUUGUCUUUCCACGACAGCUGCAACCUAACAAGAAUAGAGAGGGAUUGGUGAAAUGACCUGUGGGGCCAUGGUUGGCUAAUCAGCUGCCUCGAUCCUGCACCCCAACGAUCGUUUGCUCAACUAAGCCGAGCAUGGUGACGAGCGAGAGAGGAUGGCAGGCCCGAGCGGGGGUAUCGGUUGGCGUUUUCAAUAUUCAUGAAAACAAAAUCAUUCCAUAGAAUGGCAGGUGCAGAAUCAGAGGGGCACCUGGAGCGGACAAGCCAGACGCCGGUCUACCUUGCCGGAGCAGCCCGCACGUCUCCAAACUCAGCUCAUGCAUAUCCUUGCCGCCCAGCACUGCAGGGUGGUUGCUUUCACCGGAAUACCCAGCGCACAGGCACACCCGAUCCUCGAUGCCGCGCAGUCACUGGACCAGCUUAGAAAGCUGAUGAGAGCUAGCCUUCCGGCUCCGCCACUCUGCCUGCCUGCCUCGGGUAGCCUCAGUUGGAUACCUGCAAAGGCUAGCUGGCCCCUCAGCAUCUCGCAAUCCGUAGGAAAAGAUGUUGGCUUAACCAACAAGGUCUUCUCAUUAAGGGAAGAAGAGCUCACGUUAAGUGAGGCCGAGCGUCCCAGAACCACCUUAGGGCUAAAAGAGGACCAUGCGCAGAGCACAUCACUCAGAUGGUACUCUUGACCGAAGGAUGUCUUCUCCGAGCACACCACUCCGUCUGGAUAGAAGGAAGUAGUGCUAGGCUGGCCGCACGGGUUUUCAAAUGUGAUGAUGGCUCUCAACGCAUCAGGGGCCAGCUCGGGCAUCAUGUAUGCGCGACGCCCGGCGUCUGAAGCGCUACCCAUUGGUCAACGCCGCUCGGCAAGCACAAUGCCACUCUGGCUGACCAGAUCAGCUCACUAACCGGCGGUACACCGCUUGGUUCUCAACGCACCGGGGAACAACAAGGAACUUGUAAGCUGGCCGCCCGACUUCAAUGACCCUGCUCAAUGUUUUAACACCGUCCAGUGAAGUGAAACCCGGUUUGAAGCGGCUGUCUCUAAAUUCUGGUCUCUUGAACACUUAGACCGGCGCUGACGUCCCGCCUCCCGUCACAUAAGACGCUCAGCAAAUAGAACCGCCCUUUCCCCAUCAAGGAUGUAGGUGAUGGGAAUAUAGAUCAGACCGGACGCUCGGGGCUCUGCUGCGACGCCGCACAAUAUCAGGAUCAGACCCAUUUUGGAGAAGACCUUGCCCCGGCCAGCGUGGAUAGAAGGCUCUGCUCGAGCCUCCACGGUUUGGCCAGACCUUCACCGCUCGGCCUUUCGGAGUUCUCACUUCUCAGCCCUGGUUAACUUGGGACCCCUUGAAGACUAGUUGGCCGCUCGUUCGCUCUUCCCCGCUCGGCCUUGAACCUGUGGGAUGGCCGCCCGGCCUAUCGUAGGUGAGGAUCAUUCCUUCCUCUCGAUGCUUCUAAAAUUGGAAGUCCAAAUGAGGUAUGGAAGGAUGGGCCAGAUCUUUUUCUAAGCGGGCCGGAUCAAGUUAAUAGGGUUGGGCACGUACGGCAGAUGGAUGGAUAGCAAAUAAGUAAGGUUAUGGAGAAUUUUGACCAAGUCUAAAUAAAAAAGAGGGAUCCCAUAUCAUUUCAGACUCAGCUCGCCGAGCCCCGCUUCAAAAGCUAAGUCCAAAUUUCCUGACUCAUUAAUUAAUUUCAAAUAGUAUUAAUGCUGCUAUUGGCUAUCACCAUUAUUUAUUAGGGAUUAAAAUAUCCCAAAAUUAAAUAAUGCCGAGUGAAGCUCCUAUGAUAAAUUGGACUUUUAUUUUUAAAGAAUUAGACGACGAGCCGAGGGUCAUUGUACCCUUAGGCCGACGGUCACGCCCAGAAGAGCCCCAGACCGACACACACACAUACACUAAAAAAAUAGAGGGGCACCAGGGAACCCCCAAAUGGGAUAAACCCGUUUCUCACCGUCUACGAUGACCCAGCUCAGCUUAGGAUCCAAAGGACCGGGCUAAAAGGCAGGUAUGACGAGCGGAUGAGGACCACCAUCUUAUGCAGCAUGAUCGGCCCCUCACAGACUACGACGACCUAGCUCAGCUCAGGAUCCAAAGGACCGGGCUGAAGGACAGGUACGACGAGUGGAUGAGGACCACCGUCUCAUGCAGCAUGAUUGGCUCCUCACAGACUACGACGGCCUAGCUCAGCUCAGGAUCCAAAGGACCGGGCUAAAGGGCAGGUACGACGAGCGAAUGGGGACCACUAUCUUAUGCAGCGUGAUCGGCCCCUCGUCGCCAUCGUGUCUCGUUCAUGUUUGGGAUCACUAUUCCUUUCUAGGAUGGGACCCGUCACUGUAUAUCACGCCUGACACACCCACAUUCAUGCAUCACAUCUCAUAUAUUCAUGCAUACGCACAUACAUCGUAUUUAGGGCCGUCGCCUUUAUAUGUGCAAGGGCCUCUAAGCUUCUCGGUUGGAAAGCCGAGUCAGAGUCCUCUACUCCCACCUGAUACAUUUAGGGGGAGAGCGUCUUACCGACGGAUUACGUUAGAGAGACAGACAUCCACUCAUAUAGUGGGAUUGCUCGAAGGCUCAGGUCCAAGGAAGACAGAGGAAGAGUGCAGACAAGAGUAUAUUUUCUUGAGCAGAUUCGCACGCUCACUACUCAAGAAACUGGGGGACUUGUGUUGGGAUAUAUCAUCCCGGCUUAUUACUGUUCAGAAGUCCAACCCAUUACCCCGGGUCAGAGCCCAAUCGACGAGGGUCGUUUUCAGCUUUUCAGGCUUGUUUUGGCCUUUGGGCCCGUUUUGGUCCACUUUGGCCCAUUAGGUUAGAAAUGAACCCUCCCCCAUUUCCCCUAUAAAUAGAGGCUUUCCCACAAUGUUUAGGGACUUUUUUUCUCUUCUUCCCCACACCCCACUUCUCUCUAGGGUUUGGAGCUCCAUUAAUGGCUACCAAGGCUCAAGCUUGUACAUUGUAAUGGUGAGGAGGGAUUAAUGAGAAUGAGAGGGCUUGGACAUUAGCCAAAACAGUCCCGUGGUUUUCUCCCUUUCCGGGUUUCCACGUAAAAAUCAUUUUUUAUAUUUUAUUAUCACCACAUAGCCAUGAAACCCUCCCGAAAGGGGUGUUGUACUUCCGGGCUACGGCGAAUUAACCUCAACAGGAAGGAAGAUGGGGUGUGGUGCACGGACAGGGUUGAUCUGGGAGCUAUGGUCACAGAUUAUUUUUUGUCUUUGUUUCAGGUUUCGGAGCAGAACCGGUUGACGGAUGUCCGAGGGGAGUUUUCUCAGGUGAUCGAGACCCAAAACCAAGCUUUACUACAGCCUAUCAGUCCGGAGGAGGUUAAAACGGCGGUCUUUGAUAUGCACCCAGAGAAAUCACCUGGAUCGGAUGGUAUGAACCUAGCCUUUUUUCAGAUCUAUUGGGAUAUUGUAGGCCCAGAAAUAUCAGGGUUGUGUGCUAAUAUGUUUGAGACAAGAAAGCUAGCUGAUAAUAUUAAUAUAACUAAUAUUGUCUUGAUCCCCCAAAAGGACAAACCCGAAUGCAUGGGAGACUGGCGCCCGAUUGCAUUGUGUAAUGUGGUGUAUAAAUUUUUUUCAAAAGUGUUGGCGAAUAGGCUGAAGGGGAUGCUUGAUAAUUUGGUAGUUGAGUGCCAGAGUGCUUUUAUUCCUGGCAGAUCUAUUAUUGAUAAUAUUAUUGUGGCCUUUGAAACCCAACAUUUUUUGAAGCGCAAAAGUACUGGGAAGGAGGGAUUUAUUGCACUUAAACUUGAUAUGAGUAAGGCCUAUGACAAAGUGGAUUGGUCUUUCCUCGACAAAAUUCUAAUUAAAAUGGGAUUUCAUGGAUGUUGGGUGAGAAUGAUUAUGGAAUGUGUCAAGACUGUUAAGUACUAUAUCCAGUUUGAUGGCGAUUUUUUGGGCCCAAUUAUUCCGGGCAGGGGGCUACGCCAAGGAGACCCUGUGUCUCCCUAUCUUUUUAUUCUAAUUGCGGAGGGGCUGAGUGCUCUAAUCAGACAGGCUGAGAAACAAAGGAACAUCCACGGGGUGGCCGUUUGCAGAAGAGCUCCACGGGUAUCCCACCUUUUCUUCGUUGAUGAUAGUUUUCUUUUCUUCAAAGCUAAUAUGAUUGAAUGCACUGCGGUGAAGGAAAUCCUGAAGGAGUAUGAGGAUAACUCUGGGCAGGCGGUUAAUUUCACCAAGUCCACUUUGUCGUUUAGCCCCAAUAUCCAGGAGGAUUUUAAGGGCUAUUGUCGUAAUUUCUUUGGAGUUUUGCAGGAUGGAGACAAUCAACGCUACUUGGGUUUGCCGAGCUUAAUAGGAAGAGGAAAACGAGCUAUUCUUGGAUUUCUGAGAGAUAGAAUUGUCCAGCGAAUCAAAAGCUGGAACAAUCGUUUUUUAUCUCGAGCAGGAAGAGCGGUGUUGCUUCGUAAUGUUGUCCAGGCGAUGCCCACCUAUGCGAUGAAUGUCUUUUUGCUCCCCAGGGAUCUGUGUGACGAGAUUGAGAAACUAAUGAACGGCUUCUGGUGGAAAGGCUCAAAAUUCGAACAAAGAGGAAUCAGAUGGAGAAGAUGGGAGGCGUUGCGCAAACCGAAAGGACUUGGAGGGCUGGGAUUCAGGAAGCUAAGAGAGUUCAACCUUGCUAUGCUGGCUAAACAAGGAUGGCGGAUCCUAUCUAGGCCCGAUAAUUUAAUGGGCGUGUACUAAAGGCCAGGUACUUUCCCAACUCCGAUUUUUUGCAGGCCAAACUUGGCAACGAUCCUUCUUACAUAUGACAAAGUAUUUUGGAGACUCAGAGCGUCCUACGAGAUAAUACCAGAAAGCGUGCUGGAACGGUAGAUAGUUUCAGGUUUGGGGUGAUGCCUGGCUUCCAGGACCGGGGAAUGGACUAGUUCAGUCAGCCAAACCACCCAGGAUAGCAAAUACGAAUGUAGCAGCUCUGAGAGAUAGCACAGGUAGGAAAUUGAAUAUGGAACGAAUUGGAGCAAUCUUUAACGAGGAGGAAAGGAAGAUUAUAACCAGCAUUCCCAUCAGUAUUCACGACAAGAAGGAUAGCCUCUGGUGGAGUAAGGAAAAUGAUGGCAAUUUUUCUGUUAAAAGUUGCUACACAACUAUGAUGAAUGGUGUGGGAGAAGGUGCUUGGACAGGUUGGAAAUCGUUAUGGGAUCUAGAAAUACUACCCAAAAUAAAAUAUCUUAUACGGCAGGUUCUGGAUGUCUCUCUUCCAUCACUAACGAAUCUGGAGCGUAAAGGGGUGCCUGUUCAAACCAUAUGUAAAAUUUGUCUGCAGGAACCGGAAACUUCAGAGCAUGCCCUGAGAUCUUGCCUGAAAGCUAGGGAGGUUUGGAUGGAAGCGGGAGUAGAUACUGGCGGAGGAGAGGAUACUCUGGAGGCUUGGAUGAAAAGUUUGUUGUGGGGCGGAUAAAGAGAAAAGAUGUAGAGUAGCCAUGCUUGUCUGGGGACCGUGGAAGCGUCGCAAUACGUUUGUUUGGGAGGAGGAGUGGCAGAGUACGGCUUGUGUUAUAAGCUGCUGCGCUAGUAUGCAACAAGCAUGGAAUAUGGCACAACAGGUGGUGGGGAAACCGAGCAGGAAUACGCGACGCACAACUCCACUAUGGAAACGUCCUGGUAUGGGAGGCAUCAAAAUAAAUGUGGACACGGCGGUAGAGAGUGUAGGGGGAACAAGAGCUUGGGGCUGGAUUGCUAGGGAUGACAGAGGUGAGAUCGUGAAGGCAAGGGAAGCUUCACAUAAAGCGGAGUGGACUCCAGCAGAAACUGAGGCGGCUGGGAUACGUGAGGCCAGGCCCGGCCCAGCCCAGGUGCAACUGGAGCAGCUGCACAGGGCCCCCAAUUUUGAAGGGCCCCCAUUUUUUUAAGUCUAGUAUUAUACCUAGGCCCAUUAGUAGAGUAAUAAUAUGAAAAAGAGUAAAAGACAGCCCGUCAGCCCGAUCCAAACUUACUAACGGCGUGCGUAUUGCUCAAGUCUUUGACUCUUCAACUGCAUCUUCUGCAGUUUUGCGUCUUCGACUCUUCAUGAAUGCGUACUCGAAUAGUCGAACAAAUGGAGAAAUCGAAGCGAUGAAGAAUGCGAUUUUCGAGGAGACCAGCGAUUUGAGCAAUUUUCGAACAGUCAACAGUCGAACAAAGGUAUGAAAUUUCAUCAAUUUAUUCUUUUUACCGUUAGAUUUUAAUGUUAAAUAUCUUCGAGUCUUAGAUUCUUCUUAUUUUCGAACGGUCUGCUUUCGAGUUUCGCCCUUCUUUCAUUCACUCAUUCUGUGCUCCAGCUCCGUGAUGUGUGUCUGCAGCAUGAAAGCCGAAGCAAGGGCAAGAGCUAAGGGCGCAAGGCUUCAAGCUUUCAGUCUGCUGGACGCCUGGACGGACUGCUGCCUGCGAGUUAUCAAGGCAUCAAGAUUCAAGUGGGCACUGGCUAAUUGGCUAUUCUGUUAAUCUGUUUCAGUUUCACAGUUCCAGGGCUUCACUCAUCAGUCAUCACUUCUUCAGCCUUCAGGUGUUUUUGUUCUUAUUCAUACUUUUUAAUUAUUAAUUUGGGUUCAUCUACAUCUUAUAAAUUACAAUUUAGAAAUUGAUAUUUGAAAAAGCCUCCUAGAAUUAGAAAAUAUGAAUUUGGAUAUGAAAAACGAAUGAAGAAAAAAAUAGAUGAGUUUAUUUUUUCUCAAAAAGGAGCUUUAGAAAAAUUUGUUACAAGAGAAUCACAAAGUGUUGUUGCGAAUGAAAAUAUCUGUGCUAGUAGUGGUGUUGAUGUUGAUGAUAUUGUUGGUGCAACUGAUAAUGAUGUUGAUGUUGAUGAUUGUGUUGAUGGAAAUGUUAAUGUUGUUGAUGAUGAUCUUGGUGCAACUGCUAAUGUUAAUGUUGAUGGCAUUGUUAAUUCUAGUUGUGAAUUUGAUGAUAAUGUUGUUGCUAAUGAUGCUUUUGAAGCAGAAGCUAAUGUUGACAAUCAUGUUACUAUUGAAAGUUUUGAUAUAUUUGAUCCAAGAAAUUGGGAUAUUCUUGAUUCUAACAUGAUUAAUAAUUUAGUUGAAAAGGGUCCAAUUAGAGAUUUAUCUAUCACUAAGGGUCCUAAAGAUCAAUCACCAAGAAGGUUUUCAGCUGCAUUUUACACUAGAAUUUUACCAAAUAGAGAGAAGUGUGAUAGAGAAUGGCUAGUGUAUUCAAAGGAACUUUAUAAAGUUUUCUAUUUUUGCUGUAAAAUAUUUUAAAAAGGAAUUGGUCGAAAUCAAUUAGCGAAUGAGGGAUUUGGAGAUUGGACACAUGUUACCACUAGGCUUAGAGAACAUGAAUGUAGUGUUGAACAUCUUAAAAAUAUGACUACAUGGUAUGAUUUGCGUUUAAGAUUGCAGAAAAAUCAAACGAUUGAUAAAACUUCUCAAAAACUUUUUGAAAAAGAAAAAGAGCAUUGGAGAAAGAUGUUGAGAAUUGUUUCAGUGGUGAAAUUUCUUGCUAAACAUAAUCUUGCAUUUCGUGGUACGAAUAAGAAGUUGUAUCAAAAUAGUAAUGGAAAUUUUUUGGGCUUAAUUGAGAUGUUGGAAGAGUUUGACCCUGUGGUUCAAGAACAUGUUCAACAUAUUAAAAAUGAUGAAAUUCAUUAUCAUUAUCUAGGGCAUAGGAUCCAAAAUGAGUUAAUACUCUUGCUUGGUUCUCAAAUUAAAUCUGUAAUUAUUGAAAAAAUCAAACAAGCAAAGUACUUUUCUGUGAUACUUGAUUGUACCCCUGAUAUAAGUCAUCAAGAACAAAUGUCUUUAAUAUUGAGAUAUGUGGAUGUCUCGUCAAACUCAGUUAGCGUUGAGGAAUCAUUCUUAGGGUUUUUGAAUGUUAAUGAUACGACUGGUCAAGGUCUUUUUAAUGUUAUGCAAAAUGAAUUGGUCUCUCUUGAUCUUGAGCUUGAUAACGUAAGAGGACAGAGAUAUGAUAAUAUGAAAGGAAAACAUCAAGGAGUGCAAAAAAAAUUGCUGGAUUUAAAUCCUAGAGCUUUUUAUACUCCAUGUGGUUGUCAUAGCCUUAAUUUGACUUUAUGUGACAUGACGAAUACUUGUGGUAAAGCUAAAUAUUUUUUUGGAGUUAUUCAACGUAUCUAUACAAUUUUUGCAAAUUCCACUGAGGAUGGCAAAUUUGGAAAGAAAAUAUAAAGGGAUUAACUCUUAAAUCAUUGUCAUCUACUUGUUGGGAGAGCCGUGUUGAUAGUGUUAAAGCUAUAAGAUUUCAGGUUUUAGAAAUACGAGAAGCUUUACUUGAAGUAGCAAAAACCGACAAUGAUUCCAAAAUUAGGAGCGAAGCAAAAUCUUUAGCCGAAAAUGAUCUUGGUAAUUUUGAAUUCAUUGUUGCGGUAGUUAUUUGGUAUGAAAUCUUAUAUGCUGUAAAUUUAGUUAGCAAGGAUUUGCAAAAGAUUGACAUGCUUCUUGAUGUUGCUAUUGAAAAAUUGAAGGGGUUAAUUUCUUAUUUUGAAAAGUAUAGAGAAACUGGUUUCUCAAGUGCCUUAGAAAUUGCAUCGGGCAUUUGUAUUGAAUUGAACAUUGCCGCCGUAUUUCCUCAAAAGCAGCAAAUUAGAAGGAAACGACAAUUUGAUGAGAAUCCAGAUGAUGUGUGUUUUAGUGUUUCUCAAUCUGCACAGGAGUUGUUUAGAGUUAAUUAUUUCUUGUGCAUUGUUGAUCAAGCAAUAACAUCACUUACCACAAGAUUUGAACAAUAUCAACAAUAUGAGAAUAUUUUUGGGUUUUUAUUUACCUCCGAAAAGUUGCGUUUAUUAGAUGAUAACAAUUUGAAAUCUUGUUAUAGUUGUCUUGAAGCAUCACUUAAGAAGGAUGAACAAUCAAAUUUUGAUGGAAAUGAAUUAUAUGUAGAAUUAAAGUUGCUUAAAGACUUUUUGCCAAUGGAGACUAUGGGGCCUGUUGAUGUCUUGAAAAUUUUAAAACGUCUUGAUUGCUUUCCUAAUGCGGUUAUUACUUAUAGAGUUCUUUUGACUAUUCCCAUUACUGUUGCAACUGUAGAGCGAAGCUUUUCAAAACUGAAGGCGUUAAAGACUUACAUGCGGUCAACAAUGACAUAAGAAAGACUUAACGGAUUGGCUUUAGUGGCAAUUGAGAGCGACAUAUUGGAGAAGAUUGCAUAUGAAGACCUUAUCGAAGACUUUAUUUCAAAGAAUCUUAGAAGGAUAGCAUUAUUUAAAUAAGUGUAGUUUAAUUUCAAAAUAUUGGAUGUGAUUUUGAUGCUCUUGAUGUAUUAGUCGAAGAAAAAUUGCAUUUUAGUAUGAAGUAUAAUUAUAAAAUAUGAUAUUACUUUUUAUUUAA